AAUAAUUGUAACGAUGAGAUUUGCAUCAAAAAGUGUAACUGUUUAACUCUCUACUCGGGCCAUAUUCAUUUUAAAAUACUAAUUUGGAACAAUUCGCAGUUUUCAUUGGGGGAUUAAAACAAGGUAUUCUCAACUAACCAGCGGUGUUAUGUGAUAUCUUGUCAAGCGCUUGUAAACUGUACAGUUGUUUAGCGUUGUUUACGAUGACUUAAUGACCCGCGCGCACUCGCAUUGCUUUGAGGUUCGGGAAUGCAGAAACCAGAUGAUUCAUACGAGAGAUUCAUUUUGCUCCAUCUUCAGCAUUAUGGCUUCCUCUCAGACAACGGCGACUCUGUGCGUUCUGGUGUUCCCUUCAAAAGAGAGUGGGAGGAAAACCAAGAUUCAACUGCCUCAGGCACAAUCAACUCUCCAUCUGAGAGCAAUGACUCCAACCUAGAAGAGGAACCCAAGCCUUGUCCAAGUUUUUUCAGCUUAGACAAAGUUCUCAAAACCCGGCAGCUUGUUUUUGACUUUGAUGGGGAGCGGCCCAUUCCACGAUUAAGGGAACCUUUGGACCUCUUCACAAUCCCAUCUACCUCCUGUCCAUUCCAGGGCGUCCGCUGGCCCAUAGAAUGUGAAGUGAUCUGUGACAAAAUAAAGCAUUUAGAAUGGGACCCCUCAGAGCCGGAGCCGUUCCAUCAGCCAACAGGUGAGGAGCAGACUCCCAUGCCAGUAGGAGACGUGAGAGGAAACACUGUCUACUGCAUAGACCCAGCCACAAAAACCUUCUACUUCACCUACUCUCGUGUGGGUGGGAGCAGAGGACCCAUUGAAAGUGCCACGUCCUGUGCCAACCAUCAGAAGGGGCCUACGCUAGCAUUUGAGUCUCGUUUUGAAAGUGGAAACCUACAAAAAGCAGUGCAAGUUGGUCAGUAUGAUUAUGAGCUGACUUUGCGUACUGACUUGUACACCACUAAGCACACUCAGUGGUUCUACUUCCGGGUGAGGAACAUGAGGGCAGGCGUCACCUACCGCUUCACCAUCAUUAACCUGAUGAAGUCCAGCAGUCUGUAUGGUGCCGGUAUGCGCCCGUUACUCUACUCUGAACACGCUGCCUGGCUGAAGAGGGAAGGAUGGCAUCGAGCGGGAACCAACAUCAGGUACUACAGAAACAACCUUGAGCAGGAUGGUAAAGCGCUGUACUCCCUCACCUGGACCCUGGAGUUCCCUUAUGACGGUGACACCUGCUACCUGGCCCAUUGCUACCCUUAUACAUAUUCAAACCUUCAGCAUUACCUGCAUGAGGUCAUCUCAGACCCUGUCCGUGCAGCGUACUGUAAACUGAGGGUGCUCUGCCGUAGUCUGGCGGGAAAUGCGGUGUAUGUGUUGACUGUAACAUCACCGUCCAGCAGCUUAGCAGAACGGAAAGCCAAGCGGGCAGUUGUCGUGACGGCACGGGUGCACCCAGGAGAAACCAACGGCUCUUGGAUGAUGCAGGGCUUUCUGGAGUUCCUGCUGAGCGACUUGCCUGACGCUCGUUUGUUGAGGGAAAUUUUUGUCUUUAAGGUUAUACCGAUGCUAAACCCUGACGGUGUGGUGGUGGGGAACUACCGCUGCUCACUCACAGGCCGCGAUUUGAACCGAAACUACCGCAGUCUGUUGCGCGACUCUUUCCCCUGUAUUUGGUACACUCGCAACAUGGUGAAAAGGUUGCUUGCCGAAAGAGAAGUGGUGGUCUACUGUGACUUUCAUGGUCAUAGCAGGAAAAACAAUGUGUUCAUGUAUGGAUGUAAUGAUCGGAAAGAUGCCUCGCGGUGUCUUCAAGAACGCAUUUUCCCGCUUAUGAUGAGCAAGAAUGCUAAAGACAAGUUUUCCUUUAGGAGUUGCAAGUUCAAAAUGCAUAAAAGCAAAGAGGGCACCGGACGUAUCGUCAUGUGGAGACUAGGCAUUAGGAACAGCUACACAAUGGAGUCUACUUUCGGAGGCUCAACAUUGGGGGACAGGAAAGGAACACACUUCAGCACGCAGGACCUGAAAUCAAUGGGCCAUUGCUUUUGUGACACUCUGCUUGACUUUUGUGACCCCGACCCAGCCAAGACUACACACUGUCUGGAGGAGUUAGGGGUGUUAUUGAGACAAGAGGUCAGACGGAAGCUGGGAAGAGAAGUGGACUCUUUAGAGGAUCUGUCUGACAUUGACAUCGAGUCCAGCACAAGUGGAUCAAACAGUACCGAAUCAGAUGGACUUCCUGUUCAUCUUUUAAAUGCCACAAACAAGGGAAAGAAAAAACACCUAAGAAGCCGUAAAGAAAGGAACAGACUCCGGCAAGAACGAGUACGGAGUGCAGGACCAACAAUUAUUCACAGGAACAUCAAACAUUUGGAUCCUGUGCCCUCAAGUGAAGAUACAGUCAAAGUGAGAAUCCAAGAGAAAACUAUGGGCUACAUGAAGGACACUAAGAAACAAAAGGUGCCAAGUUCAGUCAGGGUGAAUCAGACUGUGAGGUCUUGGAUCCCUCAUCCCACCACUCGCAUAGGUGUUGUAGAUAAUGUGGCAGAUCUUUGGGGGAACAGACUAGAUAAGGUUGCUCCUGCCACUAAUUUGCGCAAUGGUUUUUCAUCUUUUCGGCACUCUGUCUCAGUUGAUCCUGGGGACCAAACGAAUCACCACACUACCUCAUCUGCCCCCCAGGGGCAAUUGCAACGGCAGACCCUCUUAGUAACUGGAGGUCAUAAAAGAUGUCCGUCUGUACCAGCCUUCAGAGAAAGAGCCCUGACUAUACCAGUCCAACCGUACACAAUGCCCUUCUACCCCGAUUUCAAACCCCAACCAGAAAUCAAAGAAAGAUCUCAUAUUUCAGACAUUAUGCAGAGGAGUCAACAGAAACUCAGGCAGGAAAGACAGAUGCAAAAGACCCAAAUCCCUAUCAAACACUUAAUGCCACUAGACAACAUAGGAACACUGAGGAUCAGUCAUAAGACAGAUGGACAAGAUAGAGAGCAGUCCAAGAGGGCCGCUGACCAAAUCAGGAAACAAGAUGGCUCAUGUUUCCUCCCUGACCUGCACAGCCAUGCUCAACUGUUUGGAAACCAGGCUGCAUUCAGAAGUCUGAGGUUAGGGAGGCUACCUAAAGGAAGCAAAACUCAGUUUUUCGGAAGAAUUGCUGCUUCUACAGAAAGCCUGAGUGAGCAGUUUUAUCUGCAGUUGCCUCAAGAGUCCAUGCAAGUGGAGGACGAGUCCACAGCUGUUCUUCCUCAAACAUCUCACACGCAGAAGUCUCAGGAAAAGCAGGUCAAGCCAGGCAAAAGCACAUGAAGAUGAUGACGAGAGCAAGAGGUCCUUUCUUUUGAAGCCAAGUGCCUGAAUACAGAAAUGUGACUUUUCUUUGCAAUUAAAUGUCAUUCACCAUUUCAGUUCAGUGCAGUCCAUAAUUUUCUGUACAUUUAAUAAAAGGGAAAGACUACUGGAAAACAAAGACUUUUUUCACUUGUUUUUACUUUUUUAGCCAUUUUCUAAAUAAA